AGAACUUCUGGAUGCUUGAAAUAUAUCAAAUCGGUGAAGAUGAAGAAUACCUCUGUGCUAAAUGAGUUUAUUUUGUUAGGACUCACCAAUUUGUGGGAGCUUGAGAUUUUAUUUUUUGUCAUAUUCUCUCUGGCUUAUGUGUCAAUCAUGGCUGGAAACAGUCUCAUUAUAAUGAUGGUGAUUUUUGAUUCUCACUUGCGCUCCACCCCCAUGUACUUCCUCCUAGCCAACCUCUCUUUUCUCGACAUGACCCUUUCCACUGUUACUGUCCCCAAGAUGAUCACAGACUUCUUCAGGGACAGGAAAACCAUCUCAUUAUGGGGUUGUAUGGCACAGAUGUUUUUAGUUCAUCUGUUAGGAGGCAGUGAGAUGAGUCUACUUGUAGUGAUGGCUGUUGAUCGUUAUGUUGCAAUUUGUAAACCCCUCCACUAUACAACAAUUAUGAAUCAUCGAAUCUUGUUAGGAAGUGUGUUUAUUUCAUGGGUCAUUGGCUUUGUGCACACUAUGAGCCAAAUGGCCUUUGUAGUGACCCUGCCUUUCUGUGGUCCCAAUGUGAUUGAUGAUGUUUUUUGUGAUCUUCCCUUGGUGAUGAGCCUUGCCUGCACUGAUACCUAUAUCUUGGACCUUCUUGUGAUUGCUGAUAGUGGGCUGCUCUCACUGCUCUGCUUCCUCCUCUUACUUGUCUCCUAUGUUGUCAUUCUGCUUACCGUCCACCGUCGCUCCUCUGGUGGGCUCUCUAAGGCUCUAUCCACAUUGUCUGCACACAUCACUGUGGUAACUCUCUUCUUUGGACCACUUAUCUUAAUCUAUGCUUGGCCAGUUAGUAGCUAUGCAUUGGACAAAUUUCUCUCAGUGUUUUUCUCUGUUGUCACUCCCCUCCUUAAUCCAAUUAUCUACAGUUUAAGGAAUCAGGAGAUGAAGGCAGCCAUGGUUAGACUGAGGAGUCGGCACAUCAGUUCUGGGCCUUUACUCUAG